UAGAUACUCAUCUCUUUGCUUAAGAUAGUAUAACCAAUAUCAAUACCACAUAAGAUGCCAGUAGCAGGAGACGACCUUGAUGAUGGUUUAGCUUAUGAUGUUGAAUUCUCUGAAACAGAAGCUGCAGAUGAAGAAGCUAUCAAUUCAGAAUAUGAAAAUAACGAUGAUGAUGAACAAAUUCCUGUUAAGGAAGAUCAAGAAACUGAAAAUGGUGGUAAGAAAAGAAAGAAGACUUCAAACAAAUUGCAAGAAAAGAAGAGAAUAAAGGUUGAAAUGGACAUAGAACAAAAGAAGAAUUUAUCUACUGAAUCGAGUCCUGAAGUUAUAGUUGAUUAUAUCAAUAACAAAAUCUUAAGAAAGAACUCAGAUUUAUCUGCAUUAGAAUUAUCAGAAUUGUACUUUAGCAAAACUGAUAUUAGAUCAACAUCUGACUUUGAGGAAGAACGUAACUUAGAUAAUUUGGAUAAGUUGAUAACUUCGAAGUUCAAGAAUAUGUUACCUAACUCUUCUAAGAAAAGUAAUAAGAAUAAAAAGAGUAAAAACAAUAAGAAGAAACAGCCAGAUGCAGAAACUAAAGCUGAAGGAGUGGAAGAAAGAAAAUUCAUAGCUAUUGUUUCAAUGUCAGCCUUAAGAGCUUGUGAUAUUCACAGAGCCACUAAAGAUUUAAGUGGAUCUUCAUUAAAGAUUAUUAAUAAGAAUAAAAUCGAUGUGGAUCUUAAAUUAGUCAAAACUACAACAUCUCGUAUCCUUUGUUGUACUCCAGGUCGUUUAUUAAAGGUUUUAAAUAAUGAAAGUGAAGUAUUAAGAAGAGAUGAAAUUAAAGUCAUUAUAGUAGAUAAUUCUUACUUGGAUGUUAAAAGUCAAAAUAUUUGGGAUAUAAAUGAAACUACUGAUACUUUGAAAUCUUUAACCAAAUCAGGUUCUAAGAUUUAUCUAUAUUAG